AUGCUGGUCUUUCUUACGACCCAGUUGUCGAUGAUGUUUCGUUUAGAUAAGAGGCUUGAUUCUGCAAACAUCGUUGAACUUACUUCCUUUAAUCACAGAAAUGAAGAAUCGGCCUUUUCGUCUCAAGAUUGCGUGCAAACAAACGGCGUGCAAAAGACGAUUGGAAAUGAUGUCUCAUGUGCAAGAGAAAUUAUUGGGCCAACUGGUACAGUCCGGGGGUUCAAAAAUAUGAUAAAAGAAAGAAAGGAGUGCUUGAGAGUAGGCUUUGUUGGAAAAAGUGUUGAGGUAGGUCCGCACAAAGCUUCAAUGCACUGUGUAAGAUUGGUCUGAGUAGAUCUAGGUACUUAACUUUGCUCCGUGUUAAUUAUUUAUGCAAACAUCGAUACGUCUUUGUCACAAACUCGCUAUCCCAAUUUUUCUUCUUUUUAUUUAAUAGGAAAAGGAAGAAGGGAAGAUCAUUGUGUACACCACAUCGAUGGGAGGAAUUCGCUCCAAAGUGGAGGAGUGUGCAUACGUCAAGAAAUUGUUCGACAAUUUGGGACUUAAAGUAGAUGAGCGGAAUAUAUUUAUGCAUAAGGAUUAUCAAAACCAGCUUGACAAAAGACUAGGAAUUCAGAACGCUUCCGUGCCGCAUGUGUUUGUAAAUGGAGCUUCUUUAGGGGUAAGAUGAGUGUGUCAUGGUAAAUACUUUGGUGACCGGUUCUUGAGGAAUUGAUUGAUUAAAAUUGCUCACAUCAUUUUAAAGCGACUACUUACUACCCUACUUGAUACUCGAGUAUUGAAAACCUAAGUGAAAAAACUUGUUGUCCGCAAAUGUAAAAGCAAUAUGUGAUGACAAUUAUUGUUUUGAUUUGUUGUAUAGUUCAUUUUGCACAUUACCCUUUGUGGGCCUUUAAUCAAAGUUAUGGCAUGCAAUUAUAUCAGUCCCGCACCAUAUCCGUCGUUGUUGUGUUCUCCUCAACGGUUUUCAUAGCAAUCAAAACAACAAGGCUUAUUUGCAUACCGUCUUGUUUUAUGACAAUAUGCCCCAAGACUGCGUAGAUUGUACUCCCCCAACUUUUAACAGCAUAUUGCACCAUAUCCGUCGUCGUUGUGUUCCCCUCAACGGUCAACAACAAAGGCUUAUUUGCAUACCGUCUUGUUUUAUGACAAUAUGCCCGAAGACUGCGUAAAUUGUACUCCCCCAACUUUUAACAGCAUAUUGCCUUGCUUUGUUGCAUAAACAGUGAUCACAAAAAUAUAAUUCAGCCAUAAGAAAAAGAUGCCGAAUAAAACGUUUUUGUUCGAUAAAUUUUCCAUAAUGCCAUAUAUCCAGAUAUUCUUACACCUGAUUGCGAUAACGUUGUCACAAAAAAUGUUAGACAAGACAAAAAAGCAAAAAAAGAAUUUGUUAAACAUAUCCAGUUUUUCAUGCUUUUCCAAAGCACUGACUAAUCGUAGUAUAAAAUAGAAUAUAGGUUUUGCAUUUUGUCCUCCUCAUACCCACAGCCACGCUCAUUCUUUAAAGAGAAUGAGCCAGUCAGGGUAUUCCAGGAUAUUCAUGGUGUUUUUUUAUGAGUAGUUUUUUAUCUAUCACUUUUAGCCACAGUUUUCACAGUUUUUCUGAGAAAUUUGCACGGAAGCAUGCAAAAUAAAAGCACCUGUUUGAGUGCAAAAACGAAAGGCGAUAUCUUUUUCCCAGAGGAAUUUUUUCAACUAAUAUUGCUUUCCUGCUGGGCAAUGGGGUGGAAGAAAUCUUAAUCAUCGGUUAGCUUUGCUUAAUUAAUGUUAGAUUAUUAAAGAUGGCGGGUUUCUUGGAGAGUGGACAAUGCUCCUGCACAUAGGAUGCUGUGAGUUGCCCAAAAAGCUGAAACUCCGACGCCCAGUAGCCUCCCUGGCAGACUUUCUUAAGGAUUCGUCACGCGUUUGAAAGCGUGACGAAGCCCUAAGAAGUUUGCGUUGGAGGCUGGGCUAAGAGUUGGUGAAAAACUGCAAUCAAGACUAAUGCAGUUUUAAAACUUCUUUUCCUUUUCCCCCAGGGCGUUCAAGAACUAGAACAAAUGAACGAAACUGGAGAACUAAAGAGACUGCUUCAAAGCUUUGAGGUAGAAUGAAAAGAAUUACCUUUUAGGGUAACGUUUUGGGUAGAGGGUCCUAAUUGAAUCUCUGGGGAUUCCUGGUCUUAAAACACUUUAAACAAAGACUUCAUGGAUAACAUCUGUGUGCUACUUGCAUCAAAUAACGUGCUCUUCAAGCGGAGCGAAAAGUUCCAAAAAUGUCAAAAAUGUCACCCACUCAAUCCCAAUCUAGUGACCCUCGGAUCAGACUCGGUGGUAGCAGCUUUUAGACUCAAGUAGCUUGCAAAGUUUAAUUGGAAGAGCUGAUGCUAGCUCGUUUUACCUAAAUAGUUCAUCAAAAAAAAAUUGUUAAAUCUAAAGGGGAUUCACCAUGUGUUGUCAGUUGAAAUGAUAGCUGGGUGUUUUUUUUCUUCUAGAGGCGGGAUAACAAUAUAUGCCACAGCUGUGGUGGUUUUCGGUACAUCAACUGUACUCAAUGCCAUGGAAGCAGGAGAUCACGAACAACAAGAAUUUCUAGACAGAUCAGUGUUCUCCGAUGCACUGCGUGCAAUGAGAAUGGAUUACAACGCUGCUCGGAGUGCAGCAGCUCAAUGUAA